AUGUCUUCAGUAGCAGGGUUACUAACAGGGCUGGUGCUUUCUCCGUUUAUGUUGGCAAUAGAUGCCCAAAAGAGAAUAAUCGCAGAAGGUGUACAAGGAAACAUAGCUUGCCAGGCUCUUGGAGUUCUUACCAUCUCAUUACACAGAUUUUCGACGUUUACCCUGUGUUUUUCUUUCGUCGAUCGGUACAUAGUCAUUUCGCGACCAAUGGAAUUCACCGAACGUCUGCGAUAUUCUUUGAGUAAAGUUGUAUGUAGCUUUAUCAGCAUUGCGUCGAUCGCCCUUGCUACAAUUCCAAUCGCUCUUGUUCCAAGUGAAGAGUCGGCAUAUUCUCCAUUAGAGAAUGCUCCUAUGUGUAUAAUCGUGGCAUCAAGCGUUGAACUUCAGUAUUGGAUUUACUUCGACAUUGUGAUUUCUUAUAUUAUUCCUUGGAUGUGUAUGUUCACGGCAGUUGUAUGUACGAUACGUGUUGCUUGGUCAAGCAAAAGUUCCAAAAUUCUGCCAAUAAAUAUCGGGACCUUCAAUCCUAACGUAAUUGUCGACCAACAUAAGAGUAGUUUUACAACUUGUUGGAAGGAUGUAUCAGAGGGUAAUACAAAAAUAACAGUCGAAUCCGUGUCGACGCCAAUAUCUGAACGUUAUUCUGAAAUACCGCUAGCACUACAACAUACUGAAAGAAUUACGUCAAAUUCCCAUUUAAAUUUAAAUACACGUCAAAAUUCAUGUUCCACUAAGACUUUGAGUCGCAAUGCUGUAGUGCCCACACAAAAGCCAUAUUUCCAGACAGGACUCGCAUCAUUGCAUAACCAGCAUACAUCUGGAUGGGAAAUUACGGCAACUACCAGUAAAAUUUCUGACACGUCGCCGCCUACUGACACUUCAUAUAAUUCCUCGGUCAACAAGUCAUCGGAAAACAAAGUAAAAUCGUUCGAUGAUUGCAUUAUGGUUUUGCCAGUCGUUGAUGAAGAAAAAAAAGUUGGCAGCUUUGGACAAAAUGAUCAAAAAAUCAACCUCGGAACCCGCAUGCCAGCCACACGAACUUUUGAUGUACGAAAUAUGAAAGCUCUUUAUACACUUAUACCUAUUUUACUCUGCUUCAUGUUACUCACCCUCCCAGCUAUGCUGGUGCACUUUCACGCUGCAACAACCACGACCGACCAAUGCAAGAGCUGGGAGUUUUUAGCUUGUCUUGCGAUUUUAACAUCUUCCUUUGCUUAUCCAUUGAUGUUGGUUGCAGCAGACCGGAAUUUCAAACAAUGGAUACAACGCUUCCUAAAUAAAACAAUAUUGGAGGACUCCGAUUUUGAAUCAGAUAACGAGUGA